AUGCGUGCGACUCAUCAUGACCCAACACCUCUCAACCUCACCCCUUCCCUCUCCCAUACCCUUCCCCCUACCCCUCCCGCUCGAACAUGCCCAUCUGCUCCUCAGGUAUCUGAAUCGGUACAGGCGAGUAUACCGGCGGGAUAUGAGAGGUGGUUCAAGACGUGGCGGGGACGAACGAUCAAGAAGGUUGUUGGUGGAGGGGGAUGGCGUUGUGAUGAGCUCGAGCUGGAAAGACAAGAGUCGGAGUAUCACGUUUUGCGAAUCGUACCAUUCCCCGCCGCCGUGUUCAAAGCUCUGAAUCUGCCGUCCAGCUAUGGUCAGCCUCGUGUAUUGGAAGUGGGUACCGGAACUGGAAUAUGGGCGAUUAACAUGGCCGAUAUGUUUCCUCAUGCGGAAGUCAUUGGACUCGAUACAGCUCCCAUCCAAAGCCACUAUGCUCCCAAGAACUGCGACUUCGACAUCACCUCAUCCCCAACCCCCCCAUACUCCCCCACAUCAUUCACCCUCAUCCACCUCCCCUCCCCGGCAUCCCAACCGGGCCAUCCGUGGUUGAAGACGGUAGGGGAUCUGAAUGUGUUUUAUGGGAUGUUGAGGCCCCGGGGGUGGGUUGGGGUUGGGGAUUGGGUGGGGAGGCCUUUUGUAAGGCGUGCCUCUCGUCCUUUUGAGGCGACCGAGAUGAGGCGGGGUAAGGGUGGGAUGGAGGUGGAGGAAGAGCGAGAGGAAGAGGAAGAGGAAGAGGUGCCGGUGGGCACGCAAGCGUGGUACGACGCGUACGAAAAGAGCUUGAGAGCGAUGGGACAUUCCUUCGACAUGGAUCGGCUGGAAACAAAGCUUUUGAGUACAGAGUACGAUAGGCGGGAGGUUGUUGUUCCUAUUGGGGCUCAUGGAGGGAAGCAAGCGAGUGUAGGCCGGCUGCAGCUUUUGAAUAUGCGUGCGUUUGUAGAGUCGGUGAGAUUUGUGUUGGCGGAGUAUGGGAGGUAUAGUGAUGCCGAGAUUGAAGUUUUGAGUGAUGCGUAUCUGAGGGAUAUGGAAGUGAACAGGAUGUUUAUGCGGUAUAGGAGUUUGUGGAUUAUGAAGCCGUCUUUUCAGUGA